GGGGCGCGCCGAGCCUCCCGCUGCCUCGCUCCUCCCGCCGCGGCCAUGACCGAAAACUGCGACAAAGUUCCCAUCGCCCUCGUGGGGCCCGACGACGUCGAGUUUUGCAGCCCCCCGGCCUACGCCACGGUGACCGUGAAGCCCUCCAGCCCCGCGCGGCUGCUCAAGGUCGGAGCCGUGGUCCUCAUCUCGGGGGCGGUGCUGCUGCUCUUCGGGGCCAUCGGGGCCUUCUACUUCUGGAAGGGGAGCGACAAUCACAUUUACAACGUCCAUUAUACCAUGAGUAUCAAUGGGAAAUUACAAGAUGGGUCAAUGGAAAUAGAUACUGGGAACAACCUGGAGACCUUUAAAAUGGGAAGUGGAGCUGAAGAAGCAAUUGAAGUUAAUGAUUUCCAGAACGGCAUCACCGGGAUCCGUUUUGCCGGAGGAGCAAAGUGCUACAUCAAGGCGCAGGUGAAGGCGCGCGUUCCUGAGGUGGACACGGCGACCAAGCAGAGCAUCUCCUCCGAACUGGAAGGCAAGAUCAUGCCAGUUAAAUACGAAGAAAAUUCUCUCAUCUGGGUGGCUGUAGACCAGCCUGUGAAGGACAACAGCUUCUUGAGUUCUAGGAUCUUAGAACUCUGUGGCGACCUUCCUAUUUUCUGGCUGAAGCCAACGUAUCCAAGAGAAAUCCAGAGAGAAAGAAGAGAAUUGGCAAGAGAAAUUGUUACAACUACUACAAGACGACCACGCAGUGGACCACGGGGCAACCCAGGCCCUGGAGGACCAAAUAAUGAAACCAGACCCAGUGUUCAAGAGGAUUCAGAACCCUUCAAUCCAGACAACCCUUACCACCAGCAGGAAGGGGAAAGCAUGACAUUUGACCCUAGACUGGAUCACGAAGGAAUCUGCUGUAUAGAAUGCAGACGGAGCUACACUCAUUGCCAGAAGAUCUGUGAACCCCUGGGGGGCUACUACCCAUGGCCUUAUAAUUAUCAAGGUUGCCGAUCAGCCUGCAGAGUUGUCAUGCCUUGUAGCUGGUGGGUGGCCCGCAUCUUGGGUAUGGUGUGAAAGCUCAGUUCGUAUACCCGGUGCUUGUAUCAUAAAAACUCAAGAGACAACCAGAGUAUGAGGCAUCUUGAUGCUGAAGGGACCACAAAGUAUUUUAUACUCAAUUUCAGCAAUGCUAUUCAAGAUAUUUUUAACAGCUCUCAAUUGCUUUACAGAACUUCAUCCAGAAUGUGCAAAUGUACUGAAAGGGUAGUUUAAGUCUAAAAUGCCCUAACAAUCCCUUUAUUACUGGCUAUUUUUAAUUUGCUUUGCUUUGCCAAUAAGGCCUACUUACAAGACUAACUUUCCAAGCUACUUUGAAAUAAACAUGAAAAAAUCACAAUGUCAAAGA